CACAGCCAUCCGCGUCACCGUCACCCGCGUCCGCGGCUCAUCCUCCGUUCCUCCAUCACGCUCCCAUCCCACGUUGCCGCCGUCACCCCCGCACCACCCUGACCCGCGCACCGCCGCCGCGCGCACCACAUCCUCUGCGCCACCGCACCACCCACAGCCCGCACCACGCUCGCUGGCCCCCACGCAUGGCCUCGCACCCCGCGCCGCACGCCGCCAUGCCCGGCAGCGCGCCGCCGCCGCCGCUGCGCAGCGCAAAGCCGCGCUUCGAGAUUGAGCAGGCCGCCCAUGCCCUGCGCGCUCGCCUCACGCUGGCCCGCGCCCAGGCCACGCACGGCUGGUCGCCGCACGAGCCCGACACGGCGCUGCCCUCGUCGCAGCACUCGGCCACCUCCAGCUCGUCGGCCGACUCUGUCGACACCGUCCUCACCGCCGUCAGCUCGGGCGUCAUGGACGACGGCCUUGGCCUCGGCCUCAAGGUCAGCGACGCGGCGCUGCCGCGUGCGCUCCACUCGAGUGCGCCGUCGCCUGCGCGGCCCGCCCUCGUCGAGCCGGCGCAUCCGGGCCUCGGCCGGCUCAACAGCUCGUCGCCGUCGCCGUCGAAUGCUGCCUUCAGCACGCCGUCGCGCUCGUCGGGCCAGGAGCCGAACCUCUACGCUCUCGUCUUUGGCGAGUGCGGCCUGCCGACGCCGCCGGAGAGCGCCCGUCGCAGCAAGCAGGGCGGCGAGCGCCAGCAAGCAGACCCCACCACGCCGACACGCCCCGCGCGCGUCGCCUCGUCGAUGACGCUCUACACGCUGGCCUCGUCGCCGCAGCUCGGCUCCAGUGCUCGGCUCGGCGGAUCUGGCAGGCUCGGGCCGCACUGGGACCCGCACAACGACCCAGCACCGCCGCACGGCCGCACGCGCACGCCCAGCGUGCCGCACAGCCCGGCGCACGGCCGCCAGCGCACCAUCACCGGCGGCACGCUGGCCAACGGCCACGCUGCCACUCCGCUUGCGCACGGUCUAGGCCUCGCUCGCGGCGCGCCUGGCGCUCGGCCCGUGGUGCCUCCGUCGCUGGUGGCACAUGCGAGGUCUGCGUCGAGCACGCCUCAGAUGCGUCGCGCCUCGCUGGUGGAUACUGCCGAGCAGCGCGAGACGGACCGCCAGGCUGCCAGGCUCCUGGCUGCUGCGCACUCGCACAAGUCGCCUGCGCUACACACGCCGCCCCGUGCCGCAAACGGCGGUGGUGCGACGACCCGUGCCAACGGCACCUUUGCCGAUCCCAACAGCAUCACCCCACGCCGCGCACGCAACUCCAAUGCCGGCCUGCCAGACUCUGCGACCCAGAUGCGCGCGCGUGUCGCGACGACGGAGGACUUCGUCUCGCGCCUCACCUACGACGAGAGUGAAGCGGCGCAGGUCUUGUCCUCUCUGCACUCGUCGCCCAGUCCGCAGCUGGCCAGCCACUCGCGCUUCGCCGGUGCCACGCCGAGCCUCUCGAGCGGCGACUCGCGGCGCGGCAGUCUGGCGGCGCCCCGCCCCAGCACUGCACGCACGCUGUUCGAGGACGAGCUCGGCAAGGCGCCGGCCAGCGGCCUUGCGAUGCACGGUCUUGGUCUGGCGCCUCCUGCUGACGUCGACGAGAAGCACGGCUCGCCGCUGCGCCGCGGCACCCUCUUCCCGCCGAGUCUGGAGGGCGAGGCGGCCAAGCUGCGUCUAGUGGACGGCCGCUCGCCGCCCAUCACGCCGCCGCGCUCCAAUCUGCUGCCUUCGCGUGCGCGUCUGGGCAGUUCGGCGAGCUCGCGCGAUGCGCCUUCGCUGGAUCGCACACUCUCGAGCGACUCUGGCGCCUCCUCUGCGCCCUCGUCGCCCUCGCUGGCCGUGCGUCGGACGCGGGAGCCGACGACACCUCCGCGGCAGAUUGCCUCUUCGCCGCCGACGACGCCUCGUGCGCCAGGUCCAAAGGCAGUCGGCUCGUCCAACGCGGCGGAGAAUGCGUGGCUGCGUGCCUUUACCAACGUCUCGCCCUCGCCGCAGCCAAAGAUGGGCGAGUUCAGUCCGUACCAGCCCCACACGCCGGCGUUCGGCGAGCAGGCGCACAAGCGCGCCGUCGACAGCGACGACGACGAGGACAGCGCCGACGCCUGGCCCGGCCAGCUGCGGCCCGUCGCCACGCCCGAGCAGCUGCGCACGCCGACGCGCCGCUCCAGCGCCCGCUUUGCCGGCCUGCCGCCGACGCCCGACCUGCGCGAGCUCACCGCCAGCCCCAUGACGCCGCACGGCCGUCUUUCGCGGCCGGCGCCGCACCACGACGACGGCGAGGUGCCUGCGCGCAAGCGCCAGCGCACCUUCAGCCGCAACAAGGCGCUCUGAACAUGCCUCUGCCCAUCGUUCUCUUCCUUCCGCCUCCAUACCCGACGCUUCCUCCUUACCCUCCUGGUCCUCAAGCCGCGCCUGCAAGUGCAGGUCGACCGGCUCUCGUCACCGCUGCUCCUUCUCGACCCUCUUUCGCCCGUCUCUGGGCCUAACGAGAUUUCCUGCGCCUCCUCGACUCCCAGCCUCUCCUGCCUCUGGUGGCGCCUCCUCGCAGCCGUGCUGUGCGGGCCCACCCAGCCGUGCCUCUCUCGCCUCCCUCUAUAUAUCCAUCACCUCGUCACCUCGGCUCCGCUUCUGCCUCGCCUCCUGCUGUGUCUAUCCUGCUCUGUCUCCUGCUGUGCACGCGCGGCGUCCCUCGAUGCCGCCGCUGAGCGCCUAUGUAUUGAUGUUUAUUGUCC